AUGAGCAUUUUAUGGGCAAUUUAUCCUGAGGUAAGCUUAAUCUGUUGCUGUAAAUUGUAUUGUAAUCUUUACUUUAAGUUAUAAAUGUUUUUAUAUUGAAUCCCAAUCUCUAGCCCAUUGAGUUUCAAAUUAGAAUUUAAUGAUCCAAGAUUGGCCAUUGAUUUUUAGUUCUGGAUACGAAUGAUCAAGUACACAACAAAUGUGGAAGAUCGCUGUAGCUUUGCCCAGAUAAACAAGUACUGUUACGAACUGACAGUACGUGCUACGAAAAUAAGCUUUCAAAGCUUGUGCUACAGACAUAUGAUUUGUCGUUACAAAGGAGAGACUUGGGCUACGGUAUGAACAGGACAGUUUAAGAUAAAGCUUCAGUAUGACUAGGGUACUUCAAAGCAAAACUACAAUAGAGUUAAGGCGAAGCCUAAGUUGACGGCUAAAGCUAAGGGUAUGGCUAAGGCUAAUGCUAAGGCUAAUGCUAAGGGUAAGGCUAAGUCGAAAGGUAAGACUAAAAAUAACGCUAGAGUUAGAGCUGGAGCAGACAUUCGGAAGGGGCCAAGCCGGACUAAACUCAAAUUUAGGUCGGACCGGGCCUUGAUUUGCAGGUCCAAAAAGCCCGGCCCUUUUGCACGGAAAAACAUUCAUUUUUCAGCGCACCAAAUCGCCCAAUAAAGUCAAAAUUCAAAAAGGAAUUUGGAUUUUGGCUUUAUAACGAUCCCAUUCGUUGCUGCCCUUACACUGGUAUGAUGAGAGAUAAGUUGUGUGGCAAAAAAGUUCGUUUGAUGAAUAUUGACUUUGGGUUGAAAAUGAACAAAGUUUUGAAUUUUGAAUAUAUUAAAGGCCAUCAUCUCUCUAAAGUGCAUCUUAUCAACAAGUCAAAACAACUGCUACUAGACAUGGUUAGAACCUACGUUGUGUACGACAUAGCAAAGAAAAAGGUGGUCAAAACUUACCCAGCGCUUCAACACCAACGAUACAAUAAUUUCACGUUGUGGUACUCCGAGAGUCGAACGUUGGUAGAUGUGUGUAAUCAAAAAGAGCACAAAUUUAACGUGAAUGGAUUAGGCUUUUGCAAAGAAAUAUACAACGCGGUUUCCUAUGGCUACCGAAAAUACGUUGGCUUCGUGAAUACACAAAAACAGUUUGUAGUGAUCAAUAACACUACAGGACAAAGACAAACUGUAUUUCCUCUGCUCGAUGACGGGUGGGACGGUCACUGGGACCCCAUAAUUGCAAUUGCAGACGAUUCGGACCUGGUUGUCCAUAAACGCGGUUUGUAA